AUGAGUAUUUAGAGCCCGGUCUCGCCUUCCGGACACGUUAUUGUUGCAUCAGCGUCCAACAACCCGGAGCCGUGGCAAUGUCGAACUCAGGAGAACAAGCCUUUGAGUAUGGCUUCUUGCUACAAAUAAACGAGGAAGCCGCACUUGAAGCGGCACUGAAUGACUACCUAACCACUCGCAGUUACCUGGCUGGUUUCAGCCCUUCACAGGCUGACCAGAAAGCCUUUAAGCUCCUCCACAGACCCCCAGAUCCACAACAUGUCCACGCUCUGCGUUGGUACAGACAUAUAACAGCCCUGCAGCAGGACCUGAGCCCGCAAAGCAGCAGGAAAGGAAAGAGGGUACAGCCCCAGUGGUCUCCACCAGCUGGGACGGAUGUUCCCCAGCUUAGACUCUACAACAGCCUCACCAGAGCAAAGGAGCCAUUUGUUCCUCAGAAUGGGAACAAGGUUACCUGGUACAGCUGUGGGCCGACGGUGUAUGAUGCCUCCCACAUGGGACACGCCAGAUCAUACAUCUCCUUUGAUAUUCUGCGGAGGAUUCUCAGGGACUACUUCAUGUAUGACGUCUUCUACUGCAUGAACAUCACAGACAUAGAUGACAAAAUUAUUAAAAGGGCACGUCAGAAUUAUCUUCUGGACCAGUACAAAGAGAAGCAACCCAAAGCUUCUGAAAUACUGCAGGAUGUGCUUACUGCCCAAGUGCCAUUUCGGGCCCGUCUGAACUCCACUACCGACCCAGAUAAGAAGCAAAUGCUAGAAAGGCUUGAUGUCGCCAUCACUGCCGCUUUGCAGCCUCUGCAGGCAGCGAUGGAGAGCAAAGCAGCAGAUGAAGUGGUGGGACCUCUGGCCCAAGCACUGCUGGAUCAUUCCAAGGACUUGCUGUCUGACUGGCUGGACAGUCAGUUCGGAAGUGAAGUGACAGACAAUUCCAUCUUCUCAAUUCUGCCUAAAUAUUGGGAGGGAGAGUACCACAAAGACAUGGAGGCCUUGAAUGUUCUUCCUCCUGAUGUCCUUACUCGUGUUAGUGAAUAUGUGCCAGAGAUUGUGGACUUUGUGAAGAAGAUUGUCUCAAACGGCUACGGAUAUGAAUCAAAUGGCUCUGUUUACUUUAACACAGCCAAGUUUGAUACAAGUCCACAGCACUCGUAUGCCAAACUGGUGCCAGAGGCAGUUGGAGAUCAGAAGGCCUUGCAAGAAGGAGAAGGUGAUUUGAGCAUUUCUGCUGACAGGUUGAGUGAAAAAAAAUCACCUAAUGACUUUGCCUUGUGGAAGGCAUCAAAGCCUGGAGAGCCUUCGUGGGACUCUCCAUGGGGAAAGGGAAGGCCUGGCUGGCAUAUUGAAUGCUCUGCCAUGGCUGGCUCCAUUUUGGGAGAGUCCAUGGACAUUCAUGGUGGGGGGUUUGAUCUCAGAUUCCCCCAUCAUGACAACGAGUUGGCUCAGUCGGAGGCUUUCUUCGAGAAUGAUCACUGGGUCCGCUACUUCCUGCACACCGGUCACCUGACAAUUGCAGGAUGCAAGAUGUCGAAAUCUCUGAAGAACUUCAUCACCAUUAAGGAGGCCUUGGCCAAAAAUACAGCCCGCCAGCUCCGUCUAGCUUUCUUGAUGCACUCGUGGAAAGAUACCCUUGACUACUCUCCCAACACGAUGGAGUCGGCAGUCCAGUAUGAGAAGUUCCUGAACGAAUUCUUCUUAAAUGUGAAGGACAUUUUGCGUGCUCCUACAGACACCACCGGCCAGUUUGAGAAGUGGGAGGCAGCAGAGGUGGAGCUUAACAAAGGUUUCUAUGUCUCAAAGUCAGCCGUCCAUGAGGCUCUGUGUGACAACAUUGAUACCCGCACAGCCAUGGAGGAGAUGAGACAGCUGGUUAGUCAGAGCAACAGCUACAUCGGCAGCAAGAAGAACAGCAAGCUGAGACCCAACCGCAUGCUGAUGGAAAGUAUUGCUGUGUAUCUGACCAACAUGCUCAAGAUAUUUGGCGCUAUUGAAGGAUCAGAGUCUGUUGGUUUCCCAGUGGGAGGACAAGGACAGAAUGUUGACAUUGAGACCACAGUGAUGCCAUACCUCAAAGUCCUCUCUGAGUUCCGAGAGGAAGUGCGACAAAUUGCCAAACAGCAGAAGGUGAUGGAGUUGCUACAGCUCUGUGACGUUGUCCGCAAUGAUACAUUACCAGAGCUUGGUGUCCGACUGGAGGAUCAUGAAGGACUGCCAACAGUGGUGAAACUGGUGGACAAGGAGACCAUAAUGAAGGAAAGGGAUGAGAAGAAGAAGCAAGAGGAAGAGAAGCAAAGGAAAAAAGAGGAGGCAGCCAGGAAGAAAGAAGAACAGGAGAUGGCAAAGCUUGCAAAAAUGAAGAUCCCUCCAGGUGAAAUGUUUCUCCCGGAAACGGACAAAUACUCCAAAUUUGAUGAAACGGGUUUCCCCACUCAUGACGCUGAAGGAAAGGAGCUCAGCAAAGGACAAGCAAAGAAGUUGCGCAAGCUUUUUGACACACAAGAGAAGUUGCACAAUGAGUAUCUCAUGAGCCAAAAUGGCAACUAAACCUGACCCUUUACAUUCUUAGUCCCUUUUUUUGCCACCUUUUCUUGCCACCUUUUCUUUACUGCUAUGAAUGCUCUAAAACUGUAGUACACAGUGGGACCCAUCUAAGUCGAUGUGUGUGGCGUAUUGUUAACUUCAUCAUUAUCGCUCAGAUAUGCGGUUAUGUUAAAAAUUACUAAAAAUAAAGAAUGGUUGGAGGGGCAGCAUGAAAGGAACUACAACUUUCAGAGCUUCGGCGGUGGACCAAAGGACUUCUCAGCCCGUUCUUUCCAUCCCACCUGUCUGAAAAUGCACCCAUUCACAUUUGGCACCAAUGGAAGAAAACCAUGUCAGCGAGCAAAUCCUUUAUUAGCGCUCAUUCUCUUGAUGUCUCAAGUAAAUGUGCAAGCAAUGGCUAGUUUCGACCAUGUUGACAACCGCUUAUGUCGGGAUGUCGACUUGAACGGGUUCCACUGUACCUACUUGAACAUAUUUUUGCAAACUGCCUACUGAAAUCAUGAAGGUUUGACUAUACAAAGACUAGAUUAGCUAGACGUGUAUUGAUCCCCUGAGGGAAAUUAAGGUUCCAGUAGCAGGAAUGAAUGAAUGACUGAAUAAAUGACUGUGUGUUAUUCGGCACAGCAGAAUUAACUUCAUUUUGUAUAAGAAGCAAGGGCCACACACUAUAAUCAUGACAUUUUUAUCUGAUUUUCACGAGUUGGUUAAGAAGCUCUGCCUUAGACUGCCCGCCACACUGACUUGCAAUGAAAACAUCCAUCCAUCCAUCCAUCCAUCCAUUUUCUAUGCCGCUUCUCCUCAUUAGGGUCGCGAGGGUAUGCUGGAGCCAAUCCAAGCUGACUUCGGGCAACAGGCGGGGUACCCCUAGUCACAUAUAGACAAACAACCAUUCACACUCACAUUCAUACCUAUGGACAAUUUAGUGUCACCAAUUAAUUAAUGCCAAUUAAUGCAUGUUUUUGGAAUGUGGGAGGAAAUUGGAGUACCUGGAGAAAAGCCACCCACGCACGCACGGGGAGAACAUGCAAACUCCACACAGAAAUGCCCAAUGACUCUGACUGUGUGGCCAACAUGCUGCCCGCAAUGAAAACAUCAUGUUUUUAAAUACAUUGGUACCUGAAUCAAGUCACAAAUGCAAAAGGACAAACGCUCGGUGGCUCAGGAUAUGAAUAUACCUAAAUUGGGGCAGUGUACAUUCAUAAUAUUCAUGUUGGUUGUUGCACAGGACUGUUUCUUUGUGCCCAGAAAACAAGAAUAUGUCUACGUUUUUUUUUUCUUUCUGAUGGUUUUCAGCUAGUUUUGCCAUCCAUUCCUCACUGGAAAUAAAUCAUGUAGUGGCUUUGGUGUAAUUUAAUGUACCUUUGAUUAGUAAUUGUAGUAAAAUGACUUGUGUAACAACCAGUGUUGUUAAAAUCUGAAAUAAAGAUCAUCAACCAUU